AAGCAAGUACUUUCAUUUUCAGGCCGGGUAGGUCUUGCAACAACAGUAGUCAACGGGAAAAUAGAUAUCAAAUCGGCAGAACAAUCCCAAUCCAUCUGUUGAAAUAAAUUGUCUUUGUAGAAAUAAAUCACAAUAAUAAGUCAGAACAAAGAGUAAGACAUACAUCUGCCCAAUCACCGAACUAGGCCUAUAACAGCUUCAGAGGACACAGAAGGCACAAGGGAAGAGGCGCAAAGAAAAACUUCCAUACUCGAUGACAUUACAUCGCAAUGUCCGAUCGUUUGGGGCAAAUAACCAAGUCCAAGGAUGGGAAAAGCAAGUAUUCCUCACUCAGCCUAUUUGAUAAGUACAAGGGAAAGUCUAUAGAAACUCAAAAAAACACAGUAGUUCCACGACAUGGCUUACAGAGUCUUGGCAAAGUGGCCGCAGCCCGGCGCAUGCCCCCACCUGCUCACCUGCCGAGUCUGAAGUCAGAGAACAAAGGAAACGAUCCCAACGUGAUAAUCGUUCCCAAAGACGGAACAGGAUGGGCAAACAAGCAGGAACAUCCCGAUCAAAAGAGUUCCAUUGCAUCAACAACACAGCUGCUGGAGUUGCAGCCGCAGCUGGCUUUACAGAAGUCUGUCUCCAAUCUUCAGAAGCCCACACCAGCAACCAGCCAGGAGAGCACAAACACGGGUGGACCAAAGCAAUGGGCCCAACUAAAUGGAAAGGCAGUCGAACAAGAUGGUUCAAGGGCCUCAAACCGACUGCAGCCCUUCUCUCACGAGGAAUUUCCAACGUUGAAGGCAGCCGGGGAACAGGACAAGGUUGGCAAGGAAAGAAGCGCCUUCGAUCCGUCGUAUGGGCCCGGACCAAGCCUCCGCCCCCAGAAUGUGACAAGCUGGAGGGAGGGUGGAGGGAGGAACCUUCAGCCCUCGUCCCUGCCAUCUGCCUUGCCCUCCGACCCAGAGAGCAAGUCCAGCGGUGUGGCUGAACCGCGACCCCCCCCCCCUCCCUCUCACCCCUCCUCGGCCUCCGUUGCCUCCAUCCCCCUUUCCGCUAGUCCUUUGGUUACUGCAAUGGUUGUUGCAGCCCCCCCAUCCCCUGACCUCAAGGAGCCCUCUCUCCGGCCUGCCCAGCCUUUACGCAGAUCCACCCCCUCCUCCCUGCAGUAUCAGCUCCACCAUUCCCCCACCACUGUCUACCAUGACAUGUUGCCUGCUUUUAUGUGCCCCAAACAGACUUGUGAUGCCCCAGGCUCUGUUGAGCACCCUCCCGCCACUGUAGUGGCCCCAGUGCGCUUUGACAACAGGCCCACCUUCAGACAGCCUAACCCAGAGCCUGUGAACGGUGAGAUGAGAAGAGAAAACCGCUUCAUCCGCGGACCCACUCGCCCCUCAUCCCGCCCCAUUCGACGUCCUGGCGAACGACCUCCCCGCCCCACCAUCGUCAACCCAGAUGACCUUAAGGAUCUUGAUGAACUUGACAAUGAUUGUGAAGAUGGCUGGGCAGGUCUCCACGAAGAAGUGGAUUACAGCGAGAAACUCAAAUUCAGUGACGAUGAGGAAGACCACUCUACAAUUGAGAAGAACCAGAUGUGGCCUGAGUGGGAGAAACCCCGGCAGCGCCAGUCGUCCAUCAGCUCGGGAGAGGGGGCAUACCCCCAGGAUGGCACAGAUGAGGAGGUUUACUUAUACCACCGGGAUUCACUGGCUCACAAGACCAAUGGCAGGUUCCCAUACACUGAGGCCCAAUCCCAGCAAAAGAGCUCUGGGUCAGGGACAAUCCACCAGGGUGAACCCCUUGAUGACCAGGAAGAGGCUCAGCGCCAGCCCCAGAAUCAGGCUCCACCUAGGGCAAAGUUUGUGUCGCCUGAGCUUUCUGAGGCAGUGGAGAGGGCACGCAGGCGCCGUGAGGAGGAGGAGAGACGGGCCCGUGAGGAAAGACUGGCUGCAUGCGCAGAGAAACUCAAGAAACUGGAUGAGAAGUUUGGAAAGACAGAGAGGCAGGUGUUGAGGUCUGAGGACGAAGGGAAGGAGACAGAGGGCAAGGAGCUGGCACUCUCCCCUGGGAAGGAGCAAAGCAAAAGUCACCAGGAGAGCUGGCAGUACGGGACGAAAGACCCAUGUGACUAUCCCCAGGAAUAUUCCCCGGGCCAGGACUACAGAGAUGAAGCACCCCAGGGCUUAUCUGCCUACCGCAGUGAGGAUGAUUUCCCCGAGCCCACUUCUCCCUUGGUCGACUAUAGUCGCCAGCAACCACCCAAAACCCUUCCUCCCCGCUUCCAAAAGCAGCACCAGCAGCAGGAACAAGUAUAUAAAAUGCAGCACUGGCAGCAAUCUGGCCACCCUGCCCCCUCUGGCUCCAGCCACCCCCAGAGAGGCUACUACCCUCCUCAUGUCUUGGGGUUUGACCCUCGUUGGAUGAUGAUGCCCCCCUUCAUGGACCCUCGCAUGGCCCAGGGCCGAUCACCUGUAGACUACUACCCUAAUGCUGUGCAAUCUUCAGGAUUGAUGAAACCCAUGAUGCAGCAAGACCACCUGAACAGCCCUGGUUCUGAUGAGGGCUGUCAUCCCAAUGUGCAUCAAGAGAGAAGGGCCCCUUCAACUGAGCCUUACCCUGUGUGGAACCAAGAUGGAUACCCUCCUCGCAGCUUCACCCCACCCUAUCAGAGGCAGCAGGACAACUCUGAUAGGUGCCAACCAGAUGACAGGAGUGACAGGACCUGCUCCCAACAGGAUUCAUAUGAAGAGAGGAGUACUGAGGGCCUAGAACACCAUGGCUAUCACCAGAGCAGAGGUCUGGACCGAGACCCCCAGCACAAUCAAGGCCUUCUUGCCACUGCCCCCAGCCGCUCGCAGCAGCACCCGGAUAGCGACUACCCCAUACUGGACCCCAAAGAUAGACACUUAAAGGACAGUACUGAGUCCCAUGAUGAGGUCUUUGAUGUCUCCAAAGAGAAGGGCUUUGACUCCGACUACUGGAGAAGAGAUGGAGGGCAGAAGAAGGAAGGCGGAGGUCAAGGGCAGUGGUCAGACCUAGGCUCCAGUUCCAGCAGCAGCAGUGUGAGCCAGCCUUCUGAAAUCGGCGGGAAAACUCUGACACGCAGAACCGGACCUAUCAAGAAACCAGUACUGAAGGCCCUGAAAGUGGAAGACAAGGAGAACGAAAAGCCUAAAGUGGAACCCGAGGAAAAGACAGUUCCUUACCGACUAGAGAAGGAGGUCCUUACCAAUGUAUAUGAUCUAAAGAAAGACAUCCAGUCUGUAAGUAACAGACGCGCAGCCUCACCUGCGAUCGAGAAGCAGCCAGAAGAGAAACAUCACCUAUCACCUGUAAAGGUGGAGAGGCCUCCAAGUAAUAGUGACGAUUCACCCAAAGAGAACAGUUGGGACAGCAGCAAGAGCCAGUCGUCUAGGGAGAUCCAGGAGAGCAGGGAACCCCAGCUUCCCCGACGCAAUAACUGGAUUUUUAUUGAUGAGGAACAGGCAUUUGCAGGAGCCAGAGGAACAGGUCGAGGCCGAAGCCGGGGCUUCAGGGAGUUUAGCUCAAGGGGAGGAGGUGGCCGGGGAGGACGAGGAGGAGAGAACUCAAGGGCAGGUUACAGCAGCAAUAAUAGGGAUGUUCAAAGGCCAGGUAGAGGCAGAGGACUGCCAAGGGACUUUAUGAAGGUUGAGGAUCUCCAGAGAGGGAAACCACGAAGGCGCAAUGUCAGUGAGACGCUGAGUGAGGCAUCGGAAUAUGAGGAGUUGCCCAAACGGCGGCGGCAGAAGGGUUCAGAGAAUGGAGAAGGUGGGUGCCUAGACUCUGGUGAGGUCAGGAAGGCUGACCGGGAUUCCUGGAGGUCCAACAAGGUCUACACUGAUGACCAAGCUGUCAGCGAUUCCCGUGAGAAGAGCAAAGUCACAAAAGGGUUCAGCGGGCGCUUGCUUCCCCCUAGGUUGAACACCAGUGGAGGCUACAGCCGCGGCUUUGGUGGAUCCAGAGACAUCUCAACUUGGAGGGGCAGGGGAACCCAAUUUGGUAACGGAGCACCCAUGCAGGAGAAUGGCUACGGACUGGGACCUGAAACUUACUUGCGCAGACCUCCAACAGAACGUGAAUCCCUCAAACAUCCUCCCAAGCUUACUGCUGGCUUCUUCAUGGAGAAUGGUACAGAAGACCGUGGUGCUGACGGUGAAUGCUACCUAGAUAAUGACAAUACUGACCGUCAACAAUUGAGGAGGAGGCGACCACCUCGCCAGGACAAGCCCCCACGCUUCCGUCGACUGCGUCAAGAGCGGGAACCUGGCACAUGCCAGUGGACAAGUGAAGAGUACAUCAAUGGAGUGAACUUUGCCAACCCCUGGCCAGCUCGUUCCAAGGUGAGUGGAGAGGAUGGCUGGCCCUAUAGUCAAUACUCUGGAGGUGGAAAGCUGGGUCCGCAGGGACAGGCAGAAGACUGGGAAACAGGCUCUGAAAACAGUGACUUCAACGACUGGAGGGAGAAAUGUGGAGGUGGGGGUCAGCAUACCCAUGGAGAUUUACAAUCAGACUCUGGCCACGGUGAGCAGGGCGCCGGAGAGAAGAGGGAGCUAGCCAAGAGGAGCUUCUCCAGCCAGCGGCCCCUGGUUGACCGGCAGAACAGGAAACCAGAACCAACGAUGAUGGAGGGGAACAAGAUGCCACGGUCAACAGAUACUUCUACAGCCCCAUCCUCCUCCAGCAGAAAUGACAGCUGGCAGAACGGAGUGUCACCAGGCUGCAAAAGCAGGAGUACUGAUGAUUCCGGCCCGGGCCUUGGCUCAGGUUCAGUCUAUAGCGUUGAGCAGUCUGAGGAAGGCUAUCAGAGUGGGCCUAAUGAGCCCUUGGGGAAAAAAAUCGAUAAGGAGCUGAAGGGCAGUUCUGUCAAAGGAGAAAUGGCUGAAUCUCUAUCCCAAUACGAACGUAGCAGCUAUCCAAUCGAGAGUGAUGCUGGAGGCACAGUUCCAUGUUCGGAUGCAUACCAGGAUGCUUUGUCCAAAAAACUGCGACGGCCACAGGAAGAUGAGAGGAGGAGAAAGGAACAGGGAGCUCCUGUGCCAGUGAAGAGCAGAACAAUAACAUCAAAGAUGCCCCCUCGCUUUGCCAAGAAGCAGGGCAGUUUAGCAAUGGAGCAACCAGAUGAGGCACUGUCCACCAACAAUCUGGGCACAGAGAUCUGGGAGACCAACAGCUCAGCCCUGUCAGUCCAGUCAUCAGGAGGAGACUCAUGGACCAAGCAAGUGUCAUAUACAGGAAGUGAACCUAACUCUGAGGAUUCUGAUGCAAGCCCAGAGCCCAGCAAGGAGCAGCACAAACCUGGCCCCAUCGGUAAUGAGCGCUCGCUGAAACACCGCAAGGGCUCAGAGGCCGUUGAGCGCCUGGAAGGUGGCCCCAUCACACCUGUCAACGGAGUGGACCACCAUGUGGACACAGUGCUGCCAGUACCGCCUAUUGAGUUUGGUGUGAGCCCCAAGGACUCAGACUUCAGCCUGCCACCCGGCUCCACUCCAGUUCCCAUAUCCAACCCAGUUGCCAAGCUGCAGGAUGCCCUUGCUAGCAACCCGGCCCUUAACCAGAGCAUCCCCAUGCUACGCAGCAACCACCUGCAGCCAGGCAUCAACCUUAACCCAAUAUCCUUCCCCAGCGCAGACCUUACUCUAAAGAUGGAGUCAGCCCGUAAGGCAUGGGAGAACUCUCAGUCCCUCCCGGAGCAGGGCUCCCCAGGUGGGGUCAGCUCCAGCACCCAGCCACCCUGUAGUGUGGGCUCCUCCACUGGAGUCAGCUACAGCUCUUUUGGGGCAAUGCCACCCAUGCCCGUGGCCUCUGUGGCACCCUCAAUGUCAAUGCAGGGUAACCAUAUCCCUCCACUGUAUUUGGAUGGCCAUGUUUUCCCCAGUCAGCCUCGCCUGGUGCCCCCAACCAUGACCCAGCCACAGAGCUACCAGCAGGCGGCUGCGGCACAGCAUAUUCCCAUCUCCCUGCACACGUCCCUGCAGGCCCAGGCCCAGCUUGGGCUCCGUGGAGGCCUGCCUGUCUCCCAGUCUCAAGAGAUGUUCAACUCCAUCCCUCCCUUCAGGUCCCAGGUGUACAUGCACCCCAACCUAUCCCAGCCCAGCCCCAUGGUGCUGUCUGGCGGAGCUCCACUGAAGGGCCCUUACUCAGCCUUCCCAGCCAUGCAGCCCUCUGACAUGGUCAAGCCGCAGUCAGGUUCCCACUAUCAACCUAUGAAUGGAAGCCAGCCUCUGGUGUACGACGGACAGAUGAACCAGGGCGCAGGCAUGGGCUCCUCCCAGCUCAUGGAUUCCCAGCUCAUUCAGGUGACCAUGCCCUUACCAGGCUCCCAGCUGCGCUACGGCUCGGCCCAGCAGCACCUCAUUUUGCCCCAGUCUAUCCAGCUCCAGCAAGGCCAGAACCUGACUGUGGGAGCUCCGCGCCGCAUGAUGCCCCCCGUCUCCCAGCCUCCUGUCCUGACAGGCAACCGAGAGAAUUUCUCAAUGUCUACUGGUCCAUAUACUGCUUUCAAGGCUUCUCAGAUGGAGAUGAAAGGAUUCCAGUUCUCUGACAAGUCCAAUCACUCUCCAGGCAUGCCAGGCUCCUACAGGCCUGGGUCUGCCAGCCCCAGUGGGAAGCCUUCUGGUCCUGGGGGGUCUAUGGGCCCACUGUCUGGACAUUACACUCAACAGAGGAUCUCUCCCAUGCAGACCGUGCAGCAAGGUGGGGCCUCCAGUGGCUCUCUCCUUUCCUGUAGCACCUGCUACAACACACACCCGGGCUGGUUUGAGCCCUCGCUGUGCCCCCUCCACAGGAAGGUGCCCCCUCCACAGGGUAGCAUGGUGAUGCACAUGCGCCCUCCCACCACUGGCCCUUUCCCCACCCCCAUCCAGCGACCUGUCAUGCAGGUCAACAAGGCAGUCAUCAUACGCUCUCCCCCUUAUCCCAACCCUGGCCGUGAACCUCUCCACUCCACCCCACCCUCUGCCCCUGAACCCCCUGUCAAAGGGCCGGAGGAUGGCAUGAAGAGUAAAGGCCUGCAUGGCGUGUGCCAGGUAGUGGGUGAGGCCCAGGCUCCUUUUGGGGGCCUGACCAGCAAACUCCAGGAGCCCCUCAUCUCGGUCAGGCAGGACAAACAAUCACGCACCGGAGCCAUCAAACCCCAUGCCAUCAGAAUAGAGGAGGGCAAGGCAUAGCAACGGACCUUAAACCUCCACUUUCCCACCCAGCUUGCCAGCAGAAGCAGUUCUGAGCCCUCCAUUGCCCCUCCACCACCCAGAACCGGCAUUGAACAGAGGACCCGACUGGUUGGCAGGCAUAAUGAACCCUCCCUGAACUGUCAAAACGGACACUUGUUGUUAUUCCUUCACACCACAUACAGAUAUAUCUGUAUGUGGUGUGAAGGAAUAACAACAAGUGUUGUUAUAUAUAUAAAUGCAUAGACACCAUCGUUUGGGACACUUCUAAGCAGACUUCAAUGUCCUUUUUAUUUAUUAACAUUUAUCUGUCCUUUUUUUGCAAGAAGAAUAAUGAUAGAGGAAAAUAAAUGUGUUUGUUUUGUCGUUCUUGGAUCAGUCCGAAGAAAAAAAAGAAACCGCCAGCCCCUGCACAGUCCAUUCUCCACACCAUUUUUGCCAAACUGUACCAAGACCUAUUUUUGGGACUUGCGCCCAUAAAAGGAGGCUGACACUUGAGACAAGAAAGCAAAAUAUGUAUAGUGUUUUCUUUUAAGUGGCACCUGUUCAUCUUUCCCCACUCUCCUUUUCACAUUUCACAUGAUAUGCGAUUUAUAUGCUGAUAAAAGUGGACAGUUUUAACUUUUUUUUAAAUAUCAUUGCCUGCUUGCUCCAUUAUUAAAGGACUACUUUUAUUCAAUAAAAAUCCUUCAAACUCAACUUUGAGGACAUUAUUGUGGCUUAACAUGGGAAGCUUGAUCUGAUGAGGGAAUCUUUUGGCAGUCCUUAUAGGGUACAGCUCAAAGACUGACUAAACUGCUUAGAUUAUUAGUAUAAAAUUAUGGUCUUUAUUAUUUUUGCUUUUCAGUUUUGUUAUUCUGUUUAUGUACUUUGUAAACAAAAGCAAAAGUUGGGACAUUUUAAGCAAAAUCAUGUUGCCUCAAGCUUUUCUGGCAUUGAUGCUGUGUGCAUGUGACAUGCUGAACAUGUGUAAACCGCAGAGCCUUUCCACGGGACCUGCAGAGACAUUUCUAGAAAAGACUACCAGAAGUUUUUAGACAUAAUGCAGCUUAUGCAUAAUGUGUGGUUGUCAUAAUUUGGCUGUUCUGUUUUCAGGAAGCUGAGGGUGAACUUCAUUUAAUUAUUAGUGUAAAAUCAAAUCAAACUAGCCAAUAGAAAUUUUGCUUUGAUCUUUAUUGCUUAAUUGUUGGUUGUGAUGAGUUGGAAAUGUAUGACUUGCCUAACGUGAUUUUUCUAUUCCUCUUCAGUGUUUAAUGUUUUUUUUUCUCCCCAUAAAAACAAUUUGUAUUUCUUCCAUUUAAUACAAUUUUGAGGGGUGUUGUGAAGGAAUGAGUGAACAUCUUUCUAUAUUCUUUCCCAUGUCAGGUCUCUGGUGUUGCAAGGAGAGAGAAAAAUCUAUAAUCUAAAUUAGGGUCCAAAUAUAUAUUUUUAUGUAUGAUUUGACUUCAAACAUGACUUAGAAUAGAUUGAUGAAUUGAUGUACUUCGCUUAAGCUUAUUUUGUGAGCACUGCAGUUGCAACAGACUGAAGAAAGUAUAUUAGAUUUCUGUUGUUGGAAAGAUUUCUUCUUUUAAUGGUCAAAUGGACACUUGGUUUGAAAUUCACUACUCAGUGCGAUCAUAACUGAAAUGUUACAGAUUCUUAUGGUAAUGCUUCAUGACACUAAAACAUGUUCAGCUUCAUCUAUAUGGGUUGUGUUUCACUGGUAUACUGUGUACAUGCAUUGCAUACUUGUACAGUUAUAUUCAGACUUGAUCCAUGGGUGACACCUGAUAUAUAGGCUACUGCUUGAUUUAGAUAUUGUAUCACAAAUAAAAGGAUUUAAUGUUAAAAGGCCCUUGUUUUUAUAGGGUGAACUGUUUUCACUGUUCAGAAGUUUUUUUUUUUUUUUUUUACAGUUUCUGCUACAGUUUCUUAUUGUGGAUUGACGUCUUUGCACUCAUCCAGUAGUUCAGUGUACAGAAACUGCUUACAUACACCAUAAACUGUUUUGAGGGGUUUUCCUGUUAUCUACACUCAUACCUGUAACUACACAGCAAGAUUUCAUCCAGGUGCAUUUUUUUCUCGACUUUUAAGUUUUUUUGUCAAAGGAUCAGUGCUCUCUGGAACUGAUUACAGUAUUCAUCCUACCAAAUAUUUUUCCUUCUAUUAUCCAUGUCUGAUCAUUGUUCGCUCUUUCCAUGCUAAAAAAGAGCAAAAGUGAAAAUAAAGCAGUUGUGCUUUAUCAAACCGUUUGUCCAUGAUCAAUGUAUUUAUUAAUUUAGGAUUAUAGCAGUGAAAUUGUAGUAAAAGUUUACUUUUGACAAUAUGCUUGAAAUACCUGUUAGGGUUCAACUUGUAUUAUUCCUGCUAGAUUUUCUGAAUCAGUUCACCAGAAAAAAGGGGAACGUAGACGUCACAAGUGUCGAAUUCCCCUCGAAUUGUCUGGAGUUUGGAUAACAUACAAGGAGUGCAGGAUACGUUUUGUUUUCGGAAACGAACUGAGAUUUUGACGAAAAAUAAGGUUUAAGAUGCCAGGCAAAGGAACAAUGAGGCCAGUUGAAGGCCUGACGAUGAUGCAGGAAUUGGACGACCGCUUGAAGGAGCAAAUUGACAAACUGGAACAUGUUCGUUUCUCGACCACUGAACUGAAAGACAACUUAUCUGGGAGUACUGAUGAGCUAAAUCAAUCUAUUGAAAACCAUCUACACUGGCUGCAUCAGCUGUCUGAGAGACUGGAUAAUAUUCAGAUGAACACAACUGUCUUUGUUCAGACGAACCCAAAAGCUCGUAUGUGGGGAAGGAAGCAGGGAUCCAGGGAUGGCACUCUUUGGGCCCGGCUUCAGCUUGCAGAUGAUGCCCACUCAGAGAAUGGCUGGAACUCCAUUCGUACACGACGCAACAGUGAUGCAGCCUCUGAGAUGUCAUGUGCCUGGUAACCUAACUGACCGACUAAGUUACCAAAAAAUCUUACAAUGUCGGUUAAUAUAAUGUCCAUUAUUGAAAUUAAUUUAGAGACUAAUCACUUAGUGCUGAAAUGGGUGCUUUCAGCCUGGAUUAUUUCUUUGUAUUCAUAGAAUGUGUCUAACAUGAAUAUUAAUGAAAAUGAAUACAGCCUCUCAUUUUAUUUGGUUUGGGCCUAUGUAAAACUGGCAUGUUGUGUCUAAUUGUUAAAGUUAACACAUCACAAUUUUAUAUGAAUAAACAUGUACUAUACUGAAAAAA